AGAGGCGAAAGCGGUUCGUGUGGUUUGCGCACAGGAUCUUAGAGCGGAGAACAUGUGAGAGGGGAAUGGGAAACUGGAAACUGGAUUACACUUUACAGAAAGACGCACGAAGGGGUUACGUUCAGGAUUUUGACAAGGCUCAGCGGCUCCGUUGAGUAGGACAUCCCCGCGGCGGCCAGGGCGCUUUCAGCGGUCACAGGGGGAAAGAAGGACUAAUAUACCAAAGAUGAACACAAUUGUGUUUAAUAAGUUAAGCAGCCAGGUUUUAUUCGAGGAGAAGGCGAAUGAGGUGGAACGAAGCAGUCGAAAUUAUUUAGAGGUGAUAGAUGGACAGCAUCCGGACCUGCUCGCCAGCAGCCCAGUCAUCAAAGACAGCUCAGCUAUCCGGCACAGGAGAUCCGGGUCUCGUCAGAACCCAGGAAAGGUACGGCAUAAACGGCAAGCUCUGCAAGACAUGGCCCGGCCUUUGAAACAGUGGCUCUACAAACACCGGGACAAUCCGUACCCCACUAAAACAGAAAAAAUCCUCCUCGCACUUGGCUCACAAAUGACACUCGUGCAGGUGUCCAACUGGUUUGCAAAUGCUCGACGGCGGCUGAAGAACACAGUUAGGCAGCCUGAUUUGAGUUGGGCCCUUAGGAUCAAACUCUACAACAAAUACGUCCAGGGCAACGCAGAAAGACUGAGUGUCAGCAGCGAUGACUCCUGCUCUGAUGAUGGUGACCCAGCAGCACGGGCCCAGGUCGGGGAGUUCAGUAAGCCGAUGUACCAGAGCGUCAUCAAGAAGGAAGGCGGCGCUGUGAGCGCGGGUCUCCGAGCCGCUGCAGACGCCUCGUUGUCUGAUGACUAUGUGUCACCACCCAAAUACAAGAGCAGCCUGUUGCACCGCUACCUUAACGACUCGCUCCGUCACGUAAUGGUGGCCAACGGGGUAAUGGACGCACGGAGGAGGAACCACUCAGGCUCUUUCAGCUCUAAUGAGUAUGAUGAAGACCUGCUGUCACCGUCUUCUUCAGAAGCAGAAGCCAACUUUAUCUACAGAACUGAGACCGUGGAGCAUGGAUCAAAUAAAUCUGACAGGAGCAUGCAGAAAGAGAAGGGACAGAGGAAAGACGAGACGUACUGGAGGGAGAUCAACGCGGCCAUGGCUCUCACUAACCUGGCUCAGCCCAAGGACGCGGCCACCGCCGCCACCACCAGCUGCAUCAUUCAGAAAUCCUCACACAUAGCUGAAAUCAAGACUGUUAAAGUGCCUAUCCUGCACAAAUACUAAUGCACACAAACAUACGCAGAAGACCCAGCUCUUCUACUUUUUGGAAUUCAGUUGUUUUGAAUAUUGUUUAUUACUUUGUGGUACUGAUAAAAAAUGAAUUUUUUGGGGUUCGUUUGUUUUUAUUGUUAAUACGAGUACGAUGAAGUGCCCUGAAAUGCAGCACUUGUUUAGUUCACCCAUUUGUGCAUUUCCUUUGGGCCGCACAAGCUUUUUUUAAAUAAGUGUUGAUGAACGACAGUAUUUCUGAACGAGACACUUUUUGCAAUGUUAACUUAUUUUGAUAUGAAUCAGAAAUUUGUAUUGUAUCGCACCAAAGUGCCUUCAUGCAUCUCAAAGGAGAGAUUAGUGAGAAUGUACAGUUCCUCUCUGAAUGAAAUAAAACGGUUGAAACGACAGGAGGAGGGUCUAGAGCACUCUUCUCACAGCCUGCAGGAGCUGAUGACCUUAAAAUGAAAUCAGCACAAGUCACAAAGACAUGCACGUCAACCUAAGGCCAUUCCUGCAUGUUUUGUCUUAAAAUCUCAUGUGGCUGUGACUACAACAUUGUUUUGUCUCAAAAACGGAAAACUUCAACUGUCACCUGCCAACAAUAGCCGUGAGCCGAGAGAUCAGUCAGCCAACAUUAAACUACAGUCCUUCCUUCUCAGCUAACAAGCAACUUUGGCAAGGUUACGAACAAACAUUCUUACUAACACGUUUGUUCAGUUAGGGUGUGUUCACGCUUGUAGUUCGGUUUUCUUGGUCCUGGUUCGCUUAGUGUUCACACUGGCAAUUUUGAAAGUGAACCUAAAGGCAUGGUGAUACGUUCACAACCUGAUUGGUCAGGUUGAAUAACGUAUAUUUUGUGACAGAACUCACCCCAAAGAAAAGAUGUGUUUGACUUAGGCCCUGUUUACAAUAGUGCGUUUUCGUUUUAAAAAUGAAAACGAUCCUCGUCUACACUGGCAUUUUCACUGCAUUAAAGAAACAAUCUCCGUCCAAACUACACAACCGAAAACGCAUGUCGCAUGACCAUUCAUAAUGGGCAUUAUGUUACUGUUUAAACGAUUGUCAAGGAUACGCAGAGCAAAUGUGGACAGCCACGGCAUCAUUUUCAGAGUUUCUGUUUUGGCCCAUUAACACUGAAAAGCUACCCUGGUGUUUUCAAACUAAAACGGGGUCUGCAGCGUUUUCAAAAGUCUCCAUUUUCGAGGGGCAAAAACGCAGAAGUAGUGUAAACAACAGGCGUAACCGUAGCAAAAGUUCUGAGUUUUAAAACAAAAACACCCUAGUGUAAAUGUAGCCUUAGGUGUUUUAAAAUGAAAACAGUGUUUUAAAAUGAAAACGAUCCUCGUCUACACUGGCGUUUUUACUGCGUUUCAAAAACAAUCUUUAUCCACACUACACAACCGAAAGCACAUGUCACAUGACCAUUCAUAAUGGGCAUGAUGCUAUUGUUUAAACGAUUGUCAAAGUUAUGCAGAGCGAAUGUGAGCAGCCUCGCCAUAGUUUUCACCGCUUUGGUCUGUUUACACUGAAACGGUACCGUGGAGUUUUCAAACUAAAACGGGGACUGCAGCAUUUUCAAAAGUCUCCAUUUUUGAGGGUUGAAAAUGCUGAAGUAGUGUAAACAACAGGCGUAACCGUAGCAAAAUAAUGUUUUAAAACAAAAAUGCACUAGUGUAAAUGUAGCCUUAAAGUGGCACUGUGCAGACAAAUCGGUGUAUGUCAUUAAAGUACCAUAAAAGCUCAUAAAAGGCAUUUUACCUCCUCAUUGCUCAACGUUUGCCCUUUGCUCAUUUUGUUUUGGAUAUGUCACUGGUUAUGCGUUGUCAAAUCAUGUCUCACAGUGUCGCAUUUUGAUAUUACAGCCUGUUUUGAUUCGUUUAAAAGUAUUUGGUUUGUGUUGCAUUCACAUUUAAUUCAAACCACACCAGAGUUAGUUUGGAAGUGGACCGAAACCCAAUAUUUUAGCAGUCUCAGUCCGCUUGUUUGGUGCGCAACAGGGUUCGGAUGGCAGUAUUCACACUUAGGGUGCAUUGACACCUGUCAUGCUUGGUUCCUUUAAAAACAAACUCGGUUCAUUUGAGUAAGCAUGAAUGCCAACUGAACCCUGGUGUGCGUCAAACAAGCGGACUGAGAGCACUAAAAAGAUGGGUCUCGGUCUGCUUCCAAACAAACUUUGGUGUAUUUCGAAUGAAAUGUGAAAGGAACACGGACCAAAUACUUCUAAACAAACCAAAAAAAGGAAGUAAUGACAAUAUGCAAUGCUAUGCGACACGAUUUCAUGAAGGGAACAAGCUGUGAAUGAGCAGAGGGCAAAAAGUGGAGCAAUGAGGAGGUAAAAUGCCUUUUAUGAGCUCUUUGUGAGUUCGCAGGUGGUGAAAAUAAAAUUAUAUAUAUGCAACAAUGAGCAUGCUUAGUCCAGUAGACAGCAUUAGGUGUGUUCAACGUAAAGUGGUGCUAAGAAGACCGAUAAGUGAAUGGGUACGCUUUAAGUCGAACGCACCUCUUCCUUUUGUUUGGAGAGUUCGGUGAGUUCUGUCACAAAAUAUCGUUCCACCCAACCAAUCAGGUUGCGAAAGCAUCACUAUGCCUUUAGGUUCGGUAUCUUCAGGUUCACUGUCAAAAAUGUCAGUGUGAACGCUAAGCGGACCAGGACCAAAUGUAUCAUUUUCCUUUCUGGUCUGGACCAAAUGAACCAAACAAACCGAACUACAAGUGUGAACCCUUCCUCAAAUGAACCGCACUUCGAUCGAACCAAACAUUACAAGUUUAAAAAACUGGACUUUUUUUUAAUGUUCAGAAAACAACCUUUUUAUAACUUAAUCCGAACGUUAGCAAGACGUUCUAGAAUGUUUUUGUUAGCUGGGUUAGUCUCUACUUCCUUUCAUAUGCACAUUUCUCAGACAAACAGUGAGAACGAGAGAGACAGCCUUCAAGGUUUGCUCUGUAUCUGUUUGAGACGAGGACUGUGACCCAAAGGGAUAUUCUGAAUCCGUUAUCGAAUGUAUUGCCUUCUCACGUUUCGGCUCUGAACAUGGUACAUCGGUGGAAGCAGUAAAUGAUUUGGCCAGUCGUGUUUUACUCCCUUUUUCUCUCUCAGCUGGUUGGAAUUAUUCUCAAAUUGCUGUUUACAAGAAGUACGUGAGACACUUCCAUGUUUAAAAAAAAAACAAAAAAAACCAUACCAGUAUUACCACAUCUCUGAUUCAGUGAACAUUCAAACUUUUUUUGCAAUCUCCAUUUGUUUGUCCUGCGGUUUUAGCUCUUUAGUUAGUGUUUUUGCCGUUGGUUCUUUGGUUCAAACAAGCUGUGUUAGUCUUGUAUUGACUCAAUGGAAAAAAAUGAUGUUCGAUGCAAUUGCUAUUUACAUUAGAGUUACAGAAGCCAAGUACGCAAUUUAGAGAACUAAAAGCCACUUUUGAAGUGAGCGAGGUAACACUAUCUUAUGUUGGUUAUCUGGAGAAAAGUCUCCACCUUCUUGUGGUGAGAAAGGCCAAAGAGACUUGUUCAAAAAGUUGCAUGCACUUAUCUGACUAACACCCUCCGUCCUUUUUUUUCAAUAUUAAAAGUAAUACUCACGAACACCCACUAAGACUGUAAUUCAUAGGUACUAUGUCCCUGUCUCUUCAACUCUGCUCUGCAGAGUUGCGUAGCACAUUCUUAGAAAAUUUCCUAAGAAAACUGGGAAAAUGUAUGAUCUGAUCUGCUUCUAAAAUCUAAUUUUCUUUUCAUUUUUUUUCUUAAAUCCAUUAAAAUCACAUGUGAAAUGUGAAUCAGGCUUUUGGCCUUUGCAGAGAACAAAGAGAAGAGAAAGCGUCAAUCUUGAGUUUUACUAAUUCAGUUUUUUUUUUCCUCGCACACUCUGCUCAAAAAGAACCUGACAGACAAACAGUUAUUUUGUGCACACUUUAGAACAUUUCAAAUGAUUAAAGACUGUAAAAAAACUGUAAUAAUAGUCUGAUUUUUUUUUUUAUUGUUAAGUUAUAUUCUUUUUUAUUUUUAGAGACUGGAUGUUUAUCCAAUGAAGGAAUGCAUAAUAUCUCAUUUACUCUCUGACUUUCUUUUAAUGUUCAGUUUUUACGCCAGGAACUUUGUUUACCUAAACGGAACAUUAAAUAAAAAUGUUUUUUUUUUGGAUGAUGAUGAUGAUGAUGAUAAGAUGUUGCUUGGCAUUUCAUCAUUAAAGUUUGCU